ACUUCUUCUGUACAUGUUGCUGAGUAACCAAGAUGACGGAAACAAAAAUGUCAUGACAAGUUGUUUUUAAUACACAUUUGUUUUUGAUUAAAAAAAUAACUUCGAGCAUGAGUAUUAGGCCUAUUUGGUAGGCAGUCAGCAAGUAAUUGUCAAAGGUCAUACAAUUAAAAAGAUAAAAGUAUUGUUUAUUAUACAUAUAAUUUAUUUUAUCUUAUAGUUAUAUGGAAGAAAUUUCAUCUCAUAUUGCUACUGCUAGGCUGAAUAGGUCUUAUUGUUACUGUUAGCGAUUUUAUGUCUCGCCUGACAUAGAAAUGUUAAUCUUAAGUUUAAUCUUGUAAAUAAGCACUGUAAACCUGUUAUUUAUCGUUGGGUUAAGCGUUCGCAUUAAAACUGCUUGCCUAAAAUCAAGUUUGGCAGAUCAAGAAAAUACUUGUAAUUAGAUAAAGUUUUAACUUUAACAGUUUACAAUCAUAUACGUUAACAAUAACACUAUGUGGUGAUCUACAUUUAAAUGAUUCAUGGAAGUGGAUAUGCUGAGAAAAGAAGAACCCGUACCCAUUUGGACAGUUAGUGGAUUUGGUGUGCAGUCAAAACAGAAUCAUACUAUGGUUUCAAAGCCACCACGAGCUGGAGCUUUUAUAGAACGAUUUACAAAACCAACAUCAUUUCGGAAAUUUUAUGAAAGAGGUGAUUUCCCAAUAGCUCUAGAGCAUGAUACCAAAGGAAAUAAAAUAGCAUGGAAGGUUGAGAUAGAGAAGUUAGACUACCAUCAUUAUCUUCCACUGUUUUUCGAUGGCCUGUGUGAGACAAUACACCCCUAUGAUUUCUUUGCCCGGCAAGGUGUUCAUGAUAUGUUAGAACAUGGUGGCUCAAAGAUUUUACCUGUUAUACCACAACUUAUUAUUCCUAUUAAAAAUGCUUUGAACACUCGAAACCCCAAGGUGGUGUGUGAUACACUAAAGAUCUUGCAACAUCUAGUGAGAUCUGCAGAAUUGGUGGGGCAGGCUUUGGUUCCUUAUUAUAGGCAGAUCCUUCCAAUCCUUAAUAUAUUCAAACAUAAAAAUUUAAAUACAGGUGAUGGGAUAGAUUACAGCCAACAGAAGAGAGAAAACAUAGGAGAUCUCAUUCAAGAAACUCUAGAAGCCUUUGAGAUGACUGGAGGAGAGCAUGCAUUUAUAAAUAUAAAAUACAUGAUUCCUACAUAUGAAUCAUGUCUUCAUAACUAGCUGAGUUUCAAGAUUAUGUACAAGUUUCAAAUUUAUAUUAGAAAAAAUAAUUCCUAAAUCUUACAUGUUACAAAAUAAUCAUUCUUUCAUUUGAUAUGUUGAAGUACUUGUAUAUUUUAUGUAUAUGUUCAACUGUUUUUGUUUUGUUUUUUAAUUAAAGAUUAUAAUGUUAGUUGAAAAGUAGUUAAUUAAGAUAUGUACAUUUACAACCUGGCAUUUGUAAUUUACUUUCUAUACUACUUAAAGAAAAAAUUCUGUUUUGCAUAUUCUUAUAAAAGAUUUUAGAAAUUGAGCUACAUUUGAUUUACAUGAAAAGCUUUAGACAUUUUGAAAUGAAAUACUGUUUGUUUCCGUAAUUUUUAUUUUAAUAAAAUUUCUUUAGUUAUAUUUUGAAAAACAUUGUAUUUCCAUAUUGUUUAAAUCAAAACUUUUUAGUUAUUUGUUGAAAAA